GACAAGGGCAGCAAGCCGGUGCUAGUCCAUUCGUUGGCCGCACUCAACACAUGCGCAGUUCGUACAAUCAGAUUUGUCACAUUGGGAAUCUCUCGGCCUCUUCCUGCCUCCGGAGAACGCGGCUGCCCAAUAUCUUCAGACCACUGUCGGCUUUCCACCGCUCCCUGGUCAGAGCGUUGCCGGCUUCAAGAUGGCUAACAACGCCAACAACUCCAACCCCAGCUUAAGCCUAAAGCAGCCGCCUGCGGCCAAGGAUAGUGCCGAGGAGGAGCAGCAACUUGAGGAUAUGCUCGCCCGCUUGGACGAGGUGCAUCUUCAGCUAAGGCAGCUGCGCUCCGCGCUUCCACGAAUGCUCGAGCCGCUCACGGUCAAACAGCCGUCGCCUCAGGCUGCCUUUGCCGCUUUUAUGCAGUCCGUUAACAAUACUAACAAGGAAGUUGCGAACUUCCAAGAGGCAUACUACAGCCUGAUCACUGAUGGCCUGUUUCAAAGAGCACGGCCGGGCCAGAAAAGUCCGAGGAGCCUCAAGCAGUGGCGGGCCACUGAACACCCGGACUGGGCUGAUCCAGACAAAAAGAGGCGCCGGGUUGUAUGAAUUGCUU